AUGGGAGAAAAUUUAGAUUCGAGUAAUAUCGAUAUCGAUAUACAAAUUACAGAAGCUUCCCGCAAUGAUGUGCCCAAUUCGGUUACACCUAAAGUCGUUUCCUGCUCGACAUCAACAAAUGAUGUAAAAACAACUGACUUGGAUAACAAAGAUAUAGCCGUACUACUAGAGACAACAUCAAAAGCUACAACAUCAGCAGCAGAGCUCGAUGAAACUAACAUAAAAGCACAAAGCUUAGACGUAACUAACACAAUUUCUUCGCCCAACAUAGUAAGUGUUGACGAUCAAUCAAAAAAAGGGAAAAAUCUACGUUCAAAGGUCUCCAUGCGAAGGUGGACGAGCACUAAACGUGCAUUUAGCCUACGAAAAAAAUCCGGAAAAACAAGCGUUAUUGGAGAUAAUGUCCAAUCGAAUGAUUAUACAAAAAAUGAAGAAGAUAACGUUCAGAAAAAUGCAGACGGUGAGAAUAGCAAAAGUUCCGAUAAAUCCAAAAGUAAGAAGAAUAAUUCUCGAACCGAUACCGGAGUUAAUGACACAAUGAUUACCGCCCAAACAGACCAGAUAUUAAACAUCGAGGUGGUUACAUCCGAAAAUAUGGUGACCACCUGCUUCCACGUAAUGAUGCCGAAAGGCUUGCAUAAAAAAACUAUGGUGUUUGUCAUUGGUAAUAUUCAGGCUCUAGGGUCAGACAAAGAUGGCAUUGUACGGCUUAAACGACACAAGAAAAAUCCCAUGCAUUGGUAUUCUGAUCACAUCAGUAUGCCAAUUUCGAUUUUUCAAAAUGAGUCGGUUCACUAUAGGUAUUUCAUUUAUAAGGGCAUCGAGAAUGGUUUCGCAAAAUUUUUUAAACAAUUAGUCAGCAAAGAGUCAUCUGAAAAUGUGGUUCCUGAACUCGGCGUAGGAAACUGGCAUCACGACAGCAUUGAUCAUGAAUUUAUUUCCAAGGAAAACCAAUACGACAUAUGGAAUAACAGUGAAAAGUACCCCAUACGUUUGAAAGAUUUGCAGGAAAACUAUCCUUAUCUCUCUCUCAUCUAUCAAUCGGUAUCGAGAAAAAAUCUAAAAGAUGAAAUCAUGGUAUAUCGAAAUAUUAGCGAAAUGCAUUCAUAUGUAUUGGAUCAUGAUAUGAUAGAACGUUUUAUCUUCAAGUAUUUUGAUGUCCCAAACACCGUUGAACAAAAAAUUUUCUUAUGCAUACUGUUGGGUUACGCGAUAGAUGAGAGAAUUCAUAAGAGUUAUAUGCCACUUGGGUACAGUCUUCCGGAAAAGUUUCCUUCCAUUGAGUUGUUACAUGCUUUUAAAGAUGUUGAUAAGGAUGAUUUGCCUCGGGGAGUCAUUGAAACUCUGGCACCAGCUGUCUGCGCGUUAGUACUGCAUAUCUCAACCUAUUCUACGAAAUUCGAAUGGAUGAGAGCCUUUGAAAUCGCUCCUGUUGUAGAUCCAAAGUAUACUUUCCUCGAACAUAUUAAAGUUCCUGCGUAUACAAAAGGAAAUGCGUCAAAUUUUCUGGCCUCCCUCGAAAUCGUUGUCAAGCCAUGCAUGGAUAGCAUUAUGUAUGAUAAUAAUUACAUAAAAGUUUGUAAGCAUCUUAUCACCUUAUGCCGAGACCUUGGUACGAUUAUAUUUUUGUGGCAAACCAUUUUCCGUCCUGACGCGAAUACAGAUGAAGAACUUCACCAACUUUCGCUUGAUCACUUAAGUUACUUUAUAGUAAAUGAUAGAGCGAAAGAGUUAGAAAAACAUCUUGAGGAGAUACCUGUUGACUUUGGCAUCGAUUUUGCCACAAGGUUCAGAGAUAGAGCUUUGACUUUAUUGGGUAGUUCUGGGAUUACUUGGAGCAAAGAUAACAUCGAUUCGAUGCGCAGGUUACUCGAUAGCGCUAGGUUGAAUUGGCAAAAGGGCUCUGCAUUGCAAGCGCUCAAAUAUAUUUCCAUUUCAAACUAUCUGGAACUGCUGCAAGUUUUCCCUAUUCAACUGGUAAGUUUUCUCGAAGAGGAAUACAUGGAUGUUGGUUCUGAUGAUGAGAUUCUCGGCAAAAUUUGCGCUUCAUGGUUCAAAAGCACGUUAGCGUGUAUCAUGGAGGAGCGACAUGCAUCUAAACGUAUCGAGAAAAACUUUGCAUGCACGGCCUUUCAUUACCUCUUGAAAAUGUAUUCUAUUAUGAUCAAAUACAAUGUUACAUACGACGAGCUUUUUAAAAUUGCUGAGAAAUCGGUAGAGGUUCUUUCUGAUGACGUAAUCUUCGAUGCUGCUAUCAAUAUUGGAAAUUUUAAACAAGUAGAACUUAUCGAGAUCUUUGGUCGUGUAUUAAAAAGAAGAUUCGGUUCCGAUGUCAAGAACAGCGAUAACCAGCUACUAGGCAAAAUAAUGAAAAUCUGCAACUCUAGCGGACAGCAAUUGCAUAUUCCAAACACACUCUGUGAAGAAACCGUCUUCCAUAUAUUAACAAAACUACAAGAAAAUUCAUUGAAUAUAGAAAUGGAUGAAGUGGAAAUUAUCGACGAUAAUUUCCAUAAGUCAUUGCUCGCCUCAUCGAAUUUUUGGGUUUGCAUCUUAAAGGCUACUGGUUUUGUUGAGGGACUUCAUAGUCGGCAUACGUACGUGAUAACAGCACGUCAGGCCAUAAUUCAGUUAGCCAGAAAACUGCUAGAUAAAUCCAUAGAAAUAAAUAUGCUAAAAGACAUCCUUGAUUAUAAUGACAAUAUAUUAUUAGCCUACUUCUCUACGAUUGAUGGAUCAUCAAACCUCAACAUUACCAAGAUAGUUCUUCAGUAUCUUCGAGAUAGUUACGAAGUGUAUAUGAACAAGUUAAAUCAACUCGAUGUUUUCUACAAACGAUUUUGUGCUAAAGCCACAGAUGUAAAGGAAUACCUUUCUGACCUAACAAUAAAACUAAAUAUGCAGGAAAAGGUUACUUUUGAAAACACAUUACAAGAAACUUUCUGGAAAUUUCAUCAACCGGUCAUCAAGGUAGCACAACAUGCGUAUACAUACGCCAAAUCUCAGACAUUCAGAAAUGUUUUUGAAAAAUGUUUAAAGGAAAAUGAAGUGACCUUGACGGUCGAAUUGAUCGUCAUGAAGUAUAUGCGUGCGGCCUUUUCGGAUUAUAAUAAUAUGCGAGCCGAGUAUAAAGACUGGGCAACACUCGAAUGUUCUAAGGUCAGUUCAUUUUGGAAGGAUGUUGAACUUAAAAACAUCGAUCAUGAACUUGAAUUGAUAUCACGGGGAAUGAAUUGGCGCCCAAAAGAGAAACUAAAAGAAGCAGUGAGUUAUCUUGCUCAUAUUAAUUCUUGGAGGGAACGACUCGAGGAUUUGGAAAGAACUUUGAGGGUUUUUAGAGUGCGGGAUGUGGCAGAAAGUUGGUUGGCCAAUGUGCGCAACAGGUUGCUCAAAGAACCUUUGACACUCCUGGAACUAUUUAAAGCAUUCAAUGAAAUAAACAAAUAUAUUUAUAAUUUUAAUGACAACUGCUGGAAGAUGGUAGGCGCGUUGUCUUACGCUGGGGAUUUAAUUUCUUGGCUUCAGACAAUAGUUAAGAGCGACCUAAGAAAUUUAAUCAACGGAGUAGACGAGAAACGUGAUGUUCAAGAAGAAACUGUCGCCACAUUGCUUGAAGUUAAGCAAUUCUUGGAACCUCUUAUGAAUGACAUGGUAAAACUUUCUAAGGAAGGAAGGGCGACACUUACGAUAAUCACUAAGUUUUUGGAACAUGUGCGUGGACUAAUUUCGAAGAAUAAUUCUUUGCCUGAGAAAGUUACCCAAUGUUGUUCGAGUAGUCUCGCCCUUCAGAAUAUAUACUCUAGCAUAUUGAAUAGGGGAGAAGAAACUAAAGAACGCAUCAGAGAUGCCAUGACUAAAGGUUCAUACAAAUUCAACCGUGACGAUGAUCAUGAUAAAUGCGUGGUAAAUUUAUUUUGUAAAAAUAAGUCCGGAAACAUAAUUUCCUACGAUCUUUCAGGCAUACGAGAUUUGCAAGGUCAGGCUCUCCUGAUCGCAAAGCAAGCGGCAUCGGCUUUUGUUUUACGUCUGCCAGUUGAGAAAGAGAAUAGUCUAGAACAAGGGACCGACGAACUGAUGGAAUUUGUACAGCAAGUAGAUACGGUACACCAAAUUAUAAAAUACGCUUCUCAAUUAAUGGAAUUGGGUCAUUUUGUCUAUAGAGAAUGGAGUAUGUCUGCAAGCGCCACAGAAAAUUUGAUGUCGAAGCUUGAAAAGCUCAAACAAAAUUUUCAUGAUUGGGAAAAAACCAUGAAACAAGCACAGGAAAAACAUUAUUAUUUAACUUUCUACACUGCAAGGCAUAUUCUGACGUUUUACGAUUAUUUUAGCUGCAAGGGCAAAGUUGACUCCAAAACCCGUGAGACAUGUGAAAUAUUGCUUCGAUUUGUAAGCAAGGGAGCAAAGUUACCACCAAACAAGGGCGAUAUACGGAUCGACGCGUACGAAAUGAAUUUUGACUGGGUUCUCUGCGAAAUAGGAAAAAAAUUAUACGACAUCUUUACGCAAACAUCCAAAUACCCUCGGAAAAUCAGGGCCAAACUAGAACCGAUUGUCUCGGAUGUAGUUUACCCGGGUAAAUUGUUUGUCGCUGCGUGCGCUGAUAGUUAUCGUGUACCGAACAUUAUUCUAUCUCUAUAUGCGAAUCACGGUUCAUAUCCUGAACCAUGGCAAUUGUUAAUGUGUAGAACCACUACAACUGCUGAGGAACUUUCACUUUUCAUCAAACGAUGUUUCCUCACCGCGGCAAAUGGAUACAACAAACGCCUAUUUUGCAUCGCGGGUUUGGAGUUCCUUGAAUUCGAAUUACAGUAUAAAUUAGUCAAUGACGUACGCAAUUUUCAGGAAACCAAUACCGAUUAUUACUUGGCUUUGAUUUGUUGCAAAGAAAAUGGAAUUCAUCACCACAUUCUUGACCAAUUUUCUGAACGCAUGUGCAUCACGAACGGUCUUGGAGAAAAUACCAUGAAAAAUAUGUAUAUGGAACUCUGUUCCAAUGUGUUUUGUGUCACCUCUGAGUUAUCCGGCCAAGGAAAGACAGAAUAUAUAAAGAAUGCUAUCAUGGAAGUCGGUUUGAUUUCACGAAGUUUAUCGAUAAGUGACAAUAUACAUUUCGAUGAACUAGUUCAAAAGCUGAAAGAGUGCAAACUCCGACCUAUAGAGAGUAUGCAUUUGAACAUCAUGUCUGUUGAUAAUCCUAACGAUGUUAAUGUCUUUCUUUUCGAGCUUUUGACACUCGGAAUUGUUUCAAACAAAGUGGAUAUUGUUUGUCUCCCAAAGCAUGUGUUCAUCGAGAUUGCAUCGACAGAGAAUGAACAUCUACUAAAGUCAAUUCCGAUCGCACAAUACCUUAAAAGAGUGCACCUGAAAUGGAACAUCAACGAUCUUAUUGUCUCUCACGAAUUAAUGAGCCCAAUACAAAUAGUAUCUUCUUAUUUGGACGCACACGAUCGCAAAAUGCUUAGCGAAAAGGACAUUUCAUUCACAGGAAAAAAAGCUGUGGUAAACCAUAUCAAUCCAGAACGAUGUCACGCGUUAAUACAAAAGUAUUUUCUAGAUGGCAACAAUGAAAAUAUCACAUCGUAUCGUUUUGUAGAAAUAUUUUUAAAUGUGUUUGCGGAUCAAUUGAUUCGUCUGUCAUCGAGUUCAUUUUUCAACGUGGAUAAUCUUAGACUGAUGGUGGAUGAUAAGGACGUUCGCACAACAUUAAUGACAACCUUGCUGGAAGUCUCCAAAUAUUUCGCGACACGUUCAGUCGCUACAAAAGCAGCUCAACUAGAAUCAACGCAGAAUGUUGAUAAUGAUCGACUGGAAACUAUCGUACAAUGGGAUGCUUCAAACCAUCACUUGGUGUUCUUCCUAUCUCAAACACCGGAUUCUAUUUGCGCUCUUUAUCGUGACCGAAAUAAAGUUCCUCCUGAUGUGAAACGUCUGUUAUUGAGUCAAGAAGUUAGUAAUUAUCAGGUUGCUCCUUUUCAACAAGAGGAACAGAAAGUAUGGGAAUUAGACGACUAUCAUACCAUGUCAGCAAAUGCCUUAUUAGAGAAAUUAGAGCUUGUGGCGAGAAGGUCGAUGAGAAAGCUAAAACUCCCUAAUUACGCGUUAUCAGCAGACAAUCUUCUUAAGAUGGCGUUGAUUCUAUUGAGAGCUCGAGCGAAUAUUCCGGUGGUCAUAUGUGGGGAGGCAGGUUGUGGCAAGACGAGCUUGAUUGGUUUUCUAGCGGCAGUUGUAGAAGUUAAAGUUAAGGUACUUUCACUUCAUGCCGGUAUACGUGAAGACCAAAUUCAUGAUUUCAUGAAACAAAGUACUCAACUUGCCAUGAAUAGCCAAAUAUGGUUGUUCUUUGAUGAGAUCAAUACUUGCAAUCAUAUCGGGCUUCUUGCUGAUCUCAUAGCUCACAGAACACUGUCAGGCAGGCAGAUACAUCAUAACAUUCGUCUUUUUGCUGCAUGCAAUCCUUAUCGAUUCCGUAAAAAAAGUGUAACAAGCGUAGGUUUGGAAAAAAAUUACCAAGAACAGAGCAAGUUGGUCUAUCAAGUACAUCCGUUACCUGAUCAAAUUUUGGAUUAUGUAUGGGAUUAUGGCGUCCUCAAACCUGAAGAAGAGAAGGCAUACAUUAGAAUUAUGGUGGAAAGCCGGCUAGGGUCAUAUCCAGUGUUCGUGGAUCUCCUUUGUGAAUCACAGAAAUUUAUUCGUAUGGUUGAAGAGCCAUACACCGUCAGCCUGCGCGAUGUAAAGCGAGCGAUCAAGUUAGUGGAAUGGUUCCAAAAAAGCCUGAAAGAACGACCAUCAGCCACACGAGCCAAUGGCAUCGCACUCUUCAUGAAACAUUGGAAUUAUCCACCGAAAAAUGAAAAAAAAUUGAAAUGUUGUAGCUUUGUUCUAUCACUCGGACUUUGUUAUCAAUCUCGUUUAUAUGAUCAAGAUUUACGAAAAAGAUAUCGAGAGUGUAUGGCUCAGGUUUUCAAGGCACACAAAGAGAAUAUUUCUGCCUCAGCAUUUCAAACAAUAAUUCGUAAGGAGCAAGAGGAUUUCAUGCAGAGAAUGGUGUGUCCUCCGUCGACAGCGGAUAAUGAUGCACUUUUGGAGAAUGUUCUCGUGAUGAUUGUUUGUUGUUCAUCUAUUGACAACGUUACUUUUGACAGCUCAAAGUCUCUGGCAGUACGACUUAUAAGUUCAAAUCUUCGAGGGGAAGAGUCGGAAGAUGACUAUUUUAAGACACUACCACAGGUUUUUUUUAUAUCACAUCAAGGUUCUGCAUCAUCGACUUCGGCCGGUAUCCUUAAGGUUUUCGAUACUGCAGAAAUUUAUCAAAGAAAAAGUUCAGAAGCGUUCCCUGUGCAAGCUGUUGUCCUUCUUGACGAGGUCGGUCUAUCGGAAACUAGUCGAUCCAACCCAUUGAAAGUUCUCCAUGCUCUUUUAGAACCAGGUUACUCUGGUGAAGACCCUAUGGAAAGCCUAAAAACAUCAGUUAGCACAGAAGACAAAAAAGGUCCGUCAGCAUCGGUCUUUAGCAAAGAAAACAAGGAACUCCCAGCAGUGCCAGUUAUUAGCGAAGGAGACAAAGAAGUUCUAUCAGCGUCAGUUUUUAACAAAUUAGGCUCAUCAGUGUUAAUUGCUAACAAAAGAGAUUCCAAAGAUGGCCCAACCGUGUCAGUUGUUGGCAUUAGCAAUUGGCGUCUGGACAACAGCAAAUCGAGCAGAGCUUUGCUUGUACAAAGACCAAAAUUCGGCAUUGACGACCUCACUUUAACAGCCUCCAUGCUUUUAGAUGACAAAACCAAGAAUGGAAUCACCGAUCCCAAACUCAGACAACUUGCUGAUGCUUACCUCGAUUAUGAGAAGAAUCAAAAGUUUAAAAACUUCCAUGGACUCCGUGAUUACUAUGCGCUGGUGAAAAGCUUGAGUGGCACAGAGCUGACAACGAAAUCAUUGGAACUGGGACUGAUUAGGAACUUUGGAGGAACCGACCAGAUUAAAUUAAUAUGCGAGAAAUACUUUGGUAAAGUUUUGAAAAGUUUUGGCAACAGUAAUAACUACACAUAUUCUCUGAUUCCUGUCGAACGACUCAUAAACGAGAACCUGAAUCGGAAAGAUACGCGGCAUUUAAUGGUCAUUGGGAAAAGUGAUUCUCUAGUCAACAUCCUAACAUAUCAUAUGCGAGCUCAGCACAUGGACCCUGUCGUGCUGUGUGGAUCACAAUUUCCUGAUGAUAAUGGUGGUGAUUAUUUGUAUGCCGUUUUAAGUAGAAUAAUGAUGUGUGUAGAAGCAGGAAGACCUUUAAUUCUCACGGAUUUGGAUAUUAUCUACGGGAGUCUCUAUGAUUUGUGGAAUCAGAAUUAUAUUUCCCUUGGCAGCCGUGGAGAUACCAAGUACUUCGCACGCGUUGCACUCGGUGCAUAUUCAAACCCAAUGCUAUAUGUGCAUCCAGACUUCAAAUGUAUUCUUGUGAUGGAUGAAAAUAAACUCGAACAUACAGAUCCACCUUUGCUCAAUAGAUUUGAGAAACAACGGUUGACAAUAAACGACAUACUCUCAGAACAUCAUAAGGAACUUUUUGAAACUUUGGAUAAAUGGGUUUUUCAAAUAUCAACACUACAAGGAGCUACAGCCCAAAGGGUAUCAAAGGAAUUCACCGAAAAAGACAUUUUUAUGGGAUUCGAUAAGGAAGAAACUAUUCAGAGUCUGGUAUUCGAUCAAUGCAAGAAGGAGGAAAAAGAUGGGGAUGAUGAUUUGAUUUUGAAGAGAUGCAAGGAGAGGCUGAUAGCCAUUGCCUCAGCAGAUGGUAUUGUGCGUGCAAGACAAUCUAUUUUAUCCAUGCAAAAACCCGAAGAAGUCGCUGAGUUGAGUGGUUCCUACUUUAAUAAUGGGCUACAUGAUAAUAUCGAGUCAUGUUUAAGAUUAUUGCUUGGUGAUAAGAAUGAUCGGACGAAUAGAGAGGGGCAAUUAGUAAUUAUCAAUACAUUUUCAAAUAUUAACACCAAUGUUAAGGCUUGCUUGAACAAAUUGGUGACUUGCCAAGUGGAUAAACUUUCAACAUUCAAAACAGAGGCUCAGCUCCAGGAUCGGAUGAAACGUUUUUGGUUGGAUAGCGAUGAUGAACUUCUGGUUAUACAAUGUGACCUAUCAACGGUAAAUUCUGGCUGCAUCAAACUUGCAAAAUUCAUUAUUGAACAAAUCCGAACAAAAUACUUGGAAAAAAAACGGAAGAUGAACAUUGACAUGCCAACCAAGCACGCUUGCAUCAUUCUUCAUAUUAAUCGCGAACAGAGAGUAGUUUCUGCUUCGUUUGAUUUCAUGUGUGGGUGGAAUCAGAUUACCGUUGGGACACUGACCCCACAAGAGAAAGACCUGCCAGUCCUUCUGGACGGAACCAUUAGAGAUAUCAUAGAUUCAACGUUACCAUUCGAAGAGAUCUUUCGGCAAGAAUUGAUGUGGUGUCUUCUCUGUAUCAAGUAUCCAUCAACAGUGGAAUCUGUAGACCAUAUUAAAUACCUCGUCAGUGAAAUUCCCCAACAUCCACGGCUUAUAGAAGUCUUGAAACAAAAAACAUUGAAAUGGUUGGAUGAGAACACUUCAUCAAAUUGGCAACUGCAGGUUGCCUCUGACAAGAAAGUACUUUAUUUACAUUCAUCAUUCUCCGCUGCUCUUCGAGGAUAUAUCCGAAUUCUGGUGAGGAAGCACAUUGCUAAGUUGUUGUGCACACUUGAGCGGCUAUCAGCUCUCAAAACUUUACUAGUUCUCGAACGCAAAAACGGUGAUAGCUAUAACUACCUUAUUGAAUUUUGGUAUCAAAUGUUCGCUGAUAACAACAUUAUCAAUACUGAAAUGUUGACGGACCCGAAACCUGAUCUUUAUCGCAUGGCGAGCGGUCCAUACACCAUGGAAUUCCCCUUCUCCUGUUAUCUUAUCGAGCAGAUCAAUCAUUACGAGAAGCUCUGUGUGGAGGACAUUAAAAUGCUUGAAGAGGAUGAAAACAAUAUUGAUACGAUCACGGGAAAGCUAUUGAGCAAUGAACUUGCUGACUGCUUUGAACGGUUCCAGAACAUUAUAUCAAAAACGCCCGCUCUUGUUAAUGCGCCUCUUCAAAAAGCAGCUAAUUUGUACAUUAAUGAUUUUCUUACCGUCAUAUCUUCCGAUCUUGGAGGUAUUGAGAACUUUGACCUUCUAAAUCUCCUGCUACUUCGGCGUUUGGGUAAAAAAAUGAUCCAGAAUCCUAUUAGACUUCACACAUAUUGGUGGACAAAGUCAGACAUUGUAAUCGCUGAAUUACAGCUAGCUAAACUGUGCCCUUCAAUUAGACAUGAAAUAGCUGAAGACGUAGGUGACAAUUUUGAGAAUUUUAAAAAGGAUCUCCCGAGUAUAGCCACUAAGUUAACACUAGAUCUUAUUCGGGAGAUGGAUAGUGAAAAACAAUUACAGCAAUGGCAGCUUGAAGUCUCCCAAGUACUGCCUCUUUGUUCCGAACUCUCGACAAGUCUCUCAGCUUCUUCCCUUCAACUUCUUAAUAUAUGCAAUGAUCUUGUCUCAAUGCAAGUAAUUCCUUCUAACAGCCUUUCAACCAUUAUCGAGCUUGGACAUAAUUAUGACAUUUCGAAUAGAAACUUUACAGAUUAUAUCUUCCAAAUUUUGGACAAAAAAGAUAGAAAUGGGAUGAAUAUCAUUGCAAGACAAGCCUUCGUCUUACGAAUCUUAGAUACUAUUCCUCUUGAAUCUCCUGCUCGCCUACACCUCUACGAGAACCUUCUUGCACAAGCUCAGCCACCGCCUUUCACAGCUUUUAUAAUACGUUGCAUCUUCCGUUCAGAAGAAAGAGAUAUGUUCUCAGCUAUAUUCAGGAAUGCGGAUGAAGUGUUCUAUUUCUCACCAAGACUCAAUACAAUAAACAAACAAUUAGGAAUGCAUCAGCGUGACUCGCAUUUAGCAGCAUUGUGCUGCGAUGUUAUUCAAAAGGAAUUCUAUGCCAAAAUGGGGUUACAUAAACUUGUAGGAUUAUUCCAAGAUACUAUCCAAUUAUUGUGUGCUAAUAAGGUUAAAUCUUUACAGCUAGUUUGUUCUAUAGCUCUAUUAAAGCAGUUUGUACAAGAUUUAUGGUCCGCCUCCACUCUUGACAAGGCUUUGAAUGUGCCGAUUGAAUUUAAUUUCACCGGCUCAGAAGAAUUCUUGGUCGGUCUAAACAAUUUAAUGCGAAUAGCACACCCACAGAUCCAAUCGCUCAAAUUCUAUUUUCUCAAAAUCUUGAGAGCACGUGGUCUCUCAAUGAAUGAUCUUAAGCAAUUUCACAAUAUUCAACAAGAGACUCUGCCAUGGCUUUCUGAUUUACAAUGGAAUAAAGACAUUGACUCUCGCUUACCCUUCAAUCCCUACUUUUUGCUCAGGGAAUAUGAAGAAGCAGAAAAUGCCAUGAACGGAGCUCAUUUCAAUGACUUUUUAGGAAAGCUUUUGUUGACUAACCAGGUCAACUUGCGCAUUGCUUUUGUUGGGUUUAUUGUAGCCCGCCUAUAUGCAAUUCAGGCAACGCGAAAUUUGAAUGAAAAUGAAAAUGAAAUGACAACUUUUUUGCAAGUUAAUUUGGGUAACAUUAAUAUAUCACCAGUUUAUAAACGAUUUGUGGAAGGGCUUCUAGCAAAUGACCAUCCUUUAUUGCAGAUUAAUCGGAGAAUUGAUAAUACAAAUUUGAUAAUACGCUUGGUCAUUGUUCACAUAAUUGCAGUUCAUGCAUCGCUUCCUGCUAAUCAUUCACCAUUGACAUUAUACCUUCACAAACUGCAAGAAAUGCAGAACACAUAUAUAUUAACCUGUCCAUCUGAUGAAGAUGCAAUAUUAAUGGGCGCCAUUACUGAAGUCAAAUGGUACCGGUGUGUUUGUGGCUAUAAAUACGUCGUAAGUGAAUGUGGUCAAACUAUGCAGGCUCGAUCAUGCCCAGCAAAAGGAUGCCAUAGGACAAUUGGUGGACAAAACCACAUAUCGGCAGCAGGCCAAACAAGAUUGGAUGAUACCCAAGUUCAAAAUGCCAUCGCUAACAGAGAAAAGACCGGUUAUAUAAUGGAAGCAGGAACAUUAGAACAAGGCAAAAAUGUUCGCGAAAUGACUGCAUCUUCAUAUCGUAUCUUGCAUCUUUUUGUUCACGCUCUCAUUGUUACCUCUGCACAUUCACAAAUAUUCUUUAAUAAUAUUGCUAAUCCUAUUGAGCAUUGCCUGGACCACAUCACAAAAGAUUGGGAAGUAUUAAAAACUCUCUUGAACUGUGAUAAUGAAAAUUUAGCUUUAAUAUUACAUGACAUACUUCAUUCGAUCGCCCAAGAUAGUCCGACUCAGAAACCUGUAUUAACAACUUCAGAAGCACGAACAAAUUGGGAAUGCCAAUUCACCACGCGCCAUAUUACUAAUCGAGCCAGAAAUCCUGCAGCUGCUGCAACGAAUUUGCGCAAUAAACUUCAGAGAGCUAAAGAUGUUAGAAAGAAAAAAACUACCGCUCUUGAAGGGGAGAUAAAUGAGACUUUGACAUUUGAUAAUGCUUAUAGUGCAAGACGGUUACCUAGAUUAUGGAGGCGUAUUGGGGACACAAGCCUUGAUAACUUCCGUACAUAUUACUUAAACAAUGAAAACCAUCGCAAGAAUUUCCCAUUCAUUUCAAUCUAUUUCGAAUAUGAGAAACGUCUGCCACAUCUGAAACAUAUACAUCACUUAGUGAAAUUUGUACGCAUACUUUUCACACGUCUUAGCUAUCGCAUCAAACGAGAUGAAGCAUUACAUAUGACAUUCCAAGAGUUUAUUGACAAAGAUGCCAAAGCAGGUGGAUACAAAGAACUACAGCAUUCUCUUAAGGCAGCAUUCAAUAACUUUGCUAAAUCUUGGAAUGCUGUAAUGCCACUAAUUGAAAGAUAUCAAUGUCACGAUUUACCUGCCAAUAAACCUAAGAUGAAUUUGAAUUGCCAGAUUGUAUUUGGUCUUGUAGAAGGCAAGGAUGCAGGUCUAUUUUUAUGCGCAGCACUGGAAUAUUUAGUUGAUCUUCAAAAUAGAUUCCUACGUGAUAUUAUGAAUAUUCCAUCUGGAACAUGCCAUUCAUUGAAAUUCAUCGAGCAGCAGACAAGACUUAAGCCCGGUGCAAACAGCCCAUAUCACAUUAAAUCUGUACGACUUGAAGACGCUCGACAAGCUAAUUUCAUAGAUUAUGAAUGGAAUCCAAAAAUUCUGGAAUACAGCCAACGUAAUCUUGACAUUGGUCGAGGAGUAGAGAUUGAAUAUGAUCUCUAUAAAAUCGAAGCAGAACUUGCGCGAGAUAUAAUUUUCAAAAAAACAUACUUAGAACCUAUUGAGCAAGGCGGACUCAUACUAGAACCAUUCCCCUACUGCAUGGAAAUGUUCCAGGAUUCCACAACUAUAUUUUUUGAAAUUAAACAAAUGAUUAAACAGGAGCCAAUAUCACAAGAUUUGUUAACAUUACUCACCAGCGGAGUCUCUUCAAACUAUUCUUGCAGAUUUAGCAGCGGCACCAGAAGUGAUGAGACAAUAUUAUCUGACAAUGAAUCAGAACUAUUAUCCGCUCUAGAAUUGCUUUUAUGUUUCGUUAAGAGGACUGCAGGAAGUGAUGGCAUUAUAACCAUCAAGGUUGAUGGCAAUAUAACCAUCAAGGAAUACAUCUCGCAAUGGAUGAAGCUCUCCGUUCUUACAGAAAACAAAGAACUAGAGAAAGUGCUGAACGUUGGUCUACGACUCAAGCAUGUUAUCGCACUUUAUGAGCUUGUUGAAGGCAAGGUUGCGGAUAUUGUGAUAGAAAGCAUUAACACCAAAUAUAAGACCAAACUUACAGAGGAUAUGGAAAAUGAGAUACUGACAGCUUGCUCUUUUGAAGAAAAGGAUGUUAAACUUAAUGCGAACCUUAUUCCAGCUGAAGCAUUUAUGCUCGCCUUGAAACGAUUUACGCUACGUAAAUUAUCAGUAGAAUCUAUAUGUGAAGAUCAUCGACUAUUAGAUUAUUUGGAAGAAACAACUAUUGGGUGUUGGCCAGAUGAAAUAGAUGAGAAUUUGAUUUCAGACAUGUUUCCUCCGUCACUUUUGCUAAAAAAUACGCAUGCAGCAUAUCAUUUUACAAAAAAGAGGAUAGAGAUGGUGGCUGCAGAAAAGCAGAUUACAUUGAAGCAGGCUAACAUCCACAAAGAAGAACAAGGGCAGAUGUUUAAAAUAUAA